UAAAAAAAUAUUGAGGUUGAGCUUAAUCGUAAAAAGCUGUAGAAAAAUGAGCCUCUCUGAGAAGGAUAAAGAAGAAAUAAUAGGACAAGUCAUAGAAAUUACAAAUAGUACAAGAGAAGAAGCAGUAUUUCUAUUAGAAUCUAAUGAAUGGAAUUUAUCUGAAACAAUUAUGGACUAUUUAGAAAAUUAUAAGAAUUCAGAGAAAAAAAUACAUAAAAAUGAGUCAUUUAGUAAUUUUGAAAUCAAGAAUAAGUCAAAGUUUAAGACAUUUGAAGAUAUUUGUGAUAAUGAAUCAGAAUCAGAAGAUGAAACUCAAGAUAAAUUAUAUUCUGGAGGAGAAAAAUCUGCAGUUUAUAUUCAACAUCCAGAGGCAGAUAAAGAUAAUAUUAUUAAUGAAAUUUUGAAAAAAGUUUCAAGGAGUAGCUAUAGAGAGCAAGAUGAACCAGUUGCACCAGCUACAACUUCUAAAUUUUCAGGAACAGGUUAUGUUCUUGGAAGUGAGAAUCAGGAAUCUCGUAGGAUUCCAGAUUCUAUGGAAUCAAAUGUUCAUUUACCUCCAGCGAAAGUUACACGAGAUUUGAUAUUUUGGAAAGAUGGUUUUACAAUUAAUAAUAGUCCUUUAAUGAGAUAUGAUGAUCCUUCAAAUACAGAGAAUCUUCGGUUAAUUAAUUCGGGACGUGCGCCAUUAUCAUUAUUAAAUGUAGAAGUUGGACAAGAAGUAGAUUUAAGGGUUCAAAAAAUGAUGGAUAAAGAGUACAAACCUCCGAAAAAGUAUGUUCCAUUCUCUGGAGCAGGACAAAGAUUAGGAAGUCCAACACCAAAAGUCAUUAACUCUUCAUCUUCAAAGCACUCUGAAGACACUAAAAAUUCUACUAGAAACAUUGUUUAUAAUCAUACAAUUGAUGAAAUGUCUCCUACUACAACAUUACAGAUUCGAUUUGGAGAUUGCUCAAAAUAUACAGUAAGAUUUAAUUUAACCCAUACAAUUGGUGAUAUUUAUGACUUUAUGGAUGCAAACAGAAUAACUGAUGAUUCACGUGAUUAUAUAUUACAAACCAUUUUUCCUAAUAAAGAAUAUCUGGAUAAAUCAUUAACUAUAAAAGACGCUGGAUUAUCAAAUGCUGUUCUUGUCCAGAAAUAUAUAUAAAUAGUUAAAAAUAUAUUAAAUUAAUACAUUUGGCAAUGUAUCGAU